AAACAAAAUGCAAGUUCCAGCACUCCUCCAAGUACCACCGCCUCCCCCCACCCUGUUCACAGAUUCCGCCUUCUCCAGCUACAAGACCAAUAAGGCCAGUCCCAAGAAGUUCAAGUGCCCCCAUCUGGGGUGCGACAGGAGCUUCGCCAAGUCCGACCAUCUCAGGACUCAUGUCAGAACUCACACUGGAGAGAGACCAUUCCGGUGUACUCACGAUGGAUGUCACAAGGAGUUCUCAGACCUGGCUAAUCUGAAGAGACACAUGAGGGUUCACACUGGUGAACGUCCCUUCACGUGCCCGGAGACAAGCUGUGGGAAACAGUUCUCAGUGUCCAGUAACCUCAAACAGCACAUGAGGGUACACACGGGGGAGAGACCCUACUCCUGUCCAAUAUGUGGCAAGGCUUUCGGUCACGUGAGCAGUCGGAGAAAACACAUGAACAUCCAUGAGGGUAGUUCCUUCAAGAACCUCCUAGAUAAGCGCUCCACAACAGACCAGCUCAAGAAGAUGAGUCCCCAGACAUCUCGAUGGAGGACCAACAACCUGGCCAGACGAGACCAGCACAUCAUGGGACACAUGGUCCGGAGACCCUCCUCUCGGGGAAGCGAGGGCAGCUACGAGUCCACCUCCCCCACCACCCUCCCCAGACUCUCUCCUGGAAACAUGGGCACCCCUGAAGGAGUGUACCACCGUGUGUCCCCUGGAGCAGACCCGCUCUCAGUCCCCUACUUCACCUUCCGACCUGAGCACCACAGGCUCUUCCACCCCCACCAGAGACAGGACACACUGGAGACAGUCCUCAGGAGACAGGAGACACGAGAUGUGAAGCCGUUGAGGAAGGAAGUAUCACGACCCCGGCCUUGCUACCCUGGUCAGGAGAAUACAAACACCCUCAACAUGAUGGUGAAACGAGAGUCACCUGUUAGCUCUACCAGCGAGAAUACCUACUCAGCGGAACCCAUGGAGACAGAGAACUCACUGAAACAGAGAACACGAGCACUAGAGGAACUGAAACAGGAGACAGUGAUCGCAGCGGGGAGGAUCGCUAUAGCCCGGUGUGCGGGGUUCAACAACGCUAUGGAGCUGGGAAGGUACGUGACCGUGGCUAUGGACACCUCCUACAAGAUCGCUAGUCUGGCUAUUUUCCUGUACCAGAACGCUAGGAUAACACCCAGACAGGUACCAGUCAGAACUAUUCAGUAGAUACAAGUGUGCUGAUGACGUCAUGUCGGACAGAACUAUGACAUCACGUCUAUUUGAUGACAUCACGUUUAUUUGGUGACGUCACGUUUAUUGUAUGACGUCACGGUUGAUUCUCGUCAUAUAACGAACCACUUUGCACUAUGACUGCGUCGUAUUGUUUUACGUUUGACAUUUGAUUUAUUAUUUUGAUUGUUAAUUAUAUUUUCACGGGAUUGUCGAAUAUACACUAUAUUAAAAGCCUGAUCGAUUUAGUUUGUUUGUUUGUUAUGAUUUGCAUAAAAGAGAUGAUGUCACAAGGAAUUUUUACAGAGUGAACUCGUAUUUGUGCAGGCCACUGAAAUUACGGAAGUUUCCUUUUGUGACAAAUAUUUUUAACUGAUUUGUACUACCGUACCUUAUUUGCACACGGACCCAUUUUUGAUAAGAACAGGAUAACUCGAUUUUUAACGGUAUUUUUAUCAAUUUUUAACGUAUUUAUAUCCCCAAAAGAAGCGUAACAUCUUUUUAAAGCAUCCAAUAAAAUUCACUGAAAAAAGACAAUUUUUUUGAGAAAAGACAAUUUUAUUAUUUAUCACCAAUUCAAUUAUGUCAAUGUCAUGGCCCAUACAUGGUGUAUGCAGGAAUUUCGUGGAUGCUAUUGAAAAAACAGAUUUUGAAGGGUCGUCAUCCUCAUUCCUCAUAAUGUCACUUAAUUUGAGAUUUCACGACCACGUGCAGUUGGUUUUAUGGCAUUCAUUUUUAUCGGAAGAGUCAAAAUAUAUCAAACUAUUGACAGUGCAUGCUUUAUUUGGGCCGUUAAAGGAGCUGAGCGUCAGUAAGGUUUAAGAAUGUUGAGUGUUUCACGAAUUAUUUUGACCGUUGAAGGGUUUUAUAGGACACCUAAAAAUAGCUUUGCCAUAAAAAUGGAUCUUUUUACCGAAAAUGUUUUAUCAUAGAUCAAACAAGAGCCUUUAACGGUAAAAUUUGCAUGUUGUUUCAGGAUGAUUCCUAGUAUUUAUUAAGUAAUUAUUUGAUAAUAUUUAACAUGGUUAGGUUUUUACGCGAUGUUUUGUUUCGAGCAUUUUAUUGUUUUUAAGGUUUUCUGGUAAAAUCUGAUAUUACCCAGAGCAUGAGCAGGACAUUUUAAUCACGUCCGAAGAACAUCAACUUUCCGAUCGAUCAAUUAAUUUACGAUAUCGUACUUCAUGGAUAUCAUUACAAUUGUUUAGUUAUUUUCUUAUAGUCAGAUGAUUGUUUGGAUUGUUUGAACAAUGAAUGCUUAUGUUAUAUUGAUUUUGCAAUAUGUUUAUGAGAAAACUUAAAACCUUUAUAACGUGAACUACUAUAUACUGGAUUUUCUUUCUGUACCGUGCAUUCUUCGUUUCCUGAUAAGCCCGGUAUAAAGAGGUUUUACUGCAGUAAGAGUAUUCAGAUAUUUUCCUAUUAGGGAUCGUUCACAUAUCACGUAAUCACUAUUUGGAAUCUUUUACCCUCCCCCUCCGUAAUCAGUUUUACACAUAGCUAUUGUGUCAAAAUUACACUAGCGUAAUCAUUCGGAAACCCCCCCCCCCCGCCCCCCCCCCCCCUCUGCUGAUUACGUAAUAUGUGAACGACUCCUUACAAGUGGCGAUCCUCAGGGAUCAGAUUAUUACGUGAACGCAUGGAAUGAUCAAAUGUUCAGCCAAUUUAACUCUGUGCUUUUGCGUGUAAUUCUAAGUUAAAGUAAUGUUGUAAAAAGUAAUAUUACUCCUAAUUUAAACUGUAUUGUAACUAGUCUAGAAUAAUUGCGUUAAUUUCACAUUAUCUAGUUGCUCAAGUUUGUUUGUUAGUUUGUUAAGUGAGACCUUAGAUAAUAUAAAAUGAGAAUCCAGUCCUCACUGUCGAUGCUUUUCUUGAUAUCAGUUUGUUUUACUGAGAACGAUUUGUCAUUCGAAAUUAUUGUAUAACUAUUAUUGGUUAAGUUUCCAUUGUGAA